UGGUAAGAGGAGAAAAAAAAUCAAAGAAUAAGUAAAAAAUUAAUUAUACAGAAUGGACACUAAGACAAUUUUUAUGGCAUUUUUCAUAAUCAACACUUUAGUGUCAUGUGUGUAUCCAUGUUUAGGCCAAGAAGAUGUUGACGAUAAACCACUGAUCAAUCCCGGUGAGUUUGAUACAUUGGAUGUGUUAUCGCCGGCUUCGCAAGAGUACAAUAUCUAUAUGUUAGAGAACCUCCCACCAAAAUACAAAACGUAUCUCGGAACCUGCGCUGAUAAGAUGGGGCCCAGUGGCAUUUCGGAAUGUAAUGAAGAUGUUCUUAGAGAGAUUCUUACAAACAAACCUGUUUCAAGAGAUUGUUGUUUGAUGGUAGUAAGAGCUGGAAAAGAAUGCUACAUGAAGAUUAGAAAGUUCAUGUUUCAAUUGUAUCAACUAAAACGCUUUGCUUCUCAAGUUUCUUUCAAAACUAAUGAGGUUUGGAAUAGAUGUUCUGCUGAAGUUGAAAGUCCUUCAUCUUCUCACGACCACAUGAUUUAGUUAUCUUGAUUGAAUCUUUUGUUAGGGCCGAAUAUGAAAAUUCUUAACGGGUUGUUCGUUAAUUAUCUAAAACUCUUUUACAAUGUUUUCCACAAAACAUAUAACUUCUUUGUUUUUCAAGGUUUAUAUCCUCUCUUCUUUUGUAAUAAUCCACUUACAGAAUGAAAUAAUCUUUGUCUUCAUAGGAUCAAAAUAUAGAUUCUCAUUAGGAGACUGAUCAGAGGAAAAUUUACUUGAUCAAAUGAACAAUAUGCUUAUGCUUGAUGCGCCAAUACUCUAUAUGAAAAAAAGCAUCAUAUUUCAACAGUUCAGAAACUUUUAUUCAAGUAUAACCAGUAAGAACUCAGAUUAACAUAAACUUAGAGGGAUCAACGAACCAAGAGAAAAAAUUCAUGAUUGUCUAUGUUCUUGGUAUUUAUCUCAAACGGCGUUUAAAGUUAUAUAUCCACAGUCAUCCUUGUUCAUGUUUUUGCUUCUUCUUCUUCUUGCUUGCUUGUUAAAAAUUUAUGUAGUACUUAAUCAUAAAGAUCUAUUAGAUAAGACAAGACAAAGCUCUUAUACAAAGAAUUUAAAGACACAUGAAACAUAGUGAGUAUUUAAUUAACUAUCAAUGCCUGAAACAUAGAAAUCAAUUUAAAAAUGUUAUUCUUAGAGCUAACUAAAGUAAUAAAGAAAUUAUGUUAUUUCAAAACAACUAAAAAUGUUAUUUUAUUAAUUAAUACAUUCACAAUCAAUAACAUUCAAAACCAUUUGAUUACUAUAUAUAUACAUUUAUAUAUCAUGGUAAGUGGAGAAAAAAAUCAAAGAAUAAAUAAAAAAUUAAUCUUACAAAAUGGACACUAAGUCAAUUUUUAUGGCAUUUUUCAUAAUCAACACUUUAGUGUCAUGUGCGUAUCCAUGUUUGGGCCAAGAAGAUAUUGACGAUAAAGCUCUGGUCAAUCCCGGUGAGUUUGAUACAUUGGAUGCAUUAUCACCGGCUUCGCAGGAGUAUAAUAUUUAUAUGUUAGAGAACCUCCCACCAAAAUAUAAAACGUAUCUCGGAACCUGCGCUGAUAAGAUGGGGCCCAGUGGUAUUUCGGAAUGUAAUGAAGAUGUUCUUAGAGAGAUUCUUACGAACAAACCUGUUUCAAGAGAGUGUUGUUUGAUGGUAGUAAGAGCUGGAAAAGAAUGCUACAUGGAGAUUAGAAAGUUCAUGUUUCGAUUGUAUCAACUCAAACGCUUUGCUUCUCAAGUUUCUUUCAAAACUAAUGAGGUUUGGAACAGAUGUUCUGCUGAAGUUGAAAGUCUUUCAUCAUCUCACGACUACGCGAUUUAGUUAUCUUGAUUGAAUCUUUUUGUUAUAUUAUAUGAUGUAUUAUCAAAUAAUGGUUUGUUAUAUUAUUCUAACUAUAUAAAAUUAAAAUAAAACAUUCAUCAGCUUAUUCGUUUUUCUAUCUCUAAUGUGGUAGAAGAAAACUUUAGUGCGAUGUAUUGGUUUUUCUAACUAGUAUUUGCUUAGCAUAGUUUUUUAUUUUAUCAAAUAUAAAACAUAAUUUCACAUGAAUCUUGCUAAAAAAAUCGUAUAUUUCUUUCUUUAUAACUCAAAUAAAUUAAGUGAUUUGAAAUUCAAUUAAAUUUAUGAAAACAAAUAAAAAGAGAGAGAAUGAUAUUGGGAAAACCAAUAGGUAACUUUAAUUUCUCAUGAAAUAAAAACGUUCAUCUCAUUUUUAUCAUCCUAUUAAGGACCUAAUAUGAAAAUUCCUGAUCACGGGUUGUGAGUUAAUUAUCUAAAACUCUUUUACAAUGUUUUCACCAAAUAUAUAACUUCUCUGUUUUUCAAGGUUUAUAUCAUCUCUUCUUUUGUAAUAAUCCACUACAGAAUGAAAUAAUCUUUGUCUUCAUAAGAUCAAAAUAUAGAUUCUCAUGAGGAGACUGAUCAGUGGGAUAUUUACUUGAUCAAAGGAAUAAUAUGCUUAUGCUUGAUGGGACAAUACUCUAUAUGGGAAAAAGCAUCAUAUUUCAACAGUUUAGAAUCUUUCAUUCAACUAUAACCAGUAAGAAAUCAGAUAAACAUAAACUCAGAGGGAUCAACGAACCAAGAGACAAAACUUCAUGAUUGUCUAUAUGUUCUUGGUAUUUAUCUCAAUCGGCGUUUCAAGUUAUAUAUCCACGGUAAUCCUUGUUCAUGUUUUUUCUUCUUCUUCUUACUUGCUUGUUAAAGAUUUAUGUAGUACUUAAUCACAAAGAUCUAUUAGACAAGACUAGACAAAGCUCUUAUACCAUUCUUUGCAAAAAAGCAUAUAUGCUUCAUCUACAAAUGAUCUUUGGUUUUGCAAAUUCAUCACUAUUUUAGACCAUGAAAUUUUUCAAGAAACGUAGAUCCAAGUUUCCAUUAGUUAAAUUUUUUUACUUAAGUCAUGAAACACUACUCUAUACGUUUCAUAUUGGUGUAAUUUUAUUUUUAAAAAAUAUUUAGUAAUUAUAAAUGUCGUUAUACAUUUUUCAUAAAUACUUAAAAUAAUUUUUAGUUUCCUCUUAUUUUUAGUUCAUGAUAUAAAUCCAAACAAAAUAUUAUAUUUAAUAAGUAUAACCAAAAAAAAUUUACUUUGUUUAUUUUUAUGCAAAAAAUAUAAAGACACAUGAAACAUAGUGAGUAUUUAAUUAACUAUCAAUGCCUGAAACAUAUAAAUCAAUUUAAAGAUGUUAUUCUUAGAGCUAACUAAAGUAAUAAAGGAAUUGUGUUAUUUCAAAACAACUAAAAAUGUUAUUUUAUUAAUUAAUACAUUCACCAUCAAUAGCAUUCAAAACCAUUUGAUUAAUAUAUAUAUAUAUAUAUAUACAUUUAGGUAUCAUGGUAAGAGGAGAAAAAAAAAUCAAAGAAUAAGUAAAAAAUAAAUCAUA